AUGGCUCGAAUAAAUAAAAGAUUUUAUAAAGUGCUGCGAUUGUCAUUUGUUGUCAUUAUUAUUACAAUAAUUUUUAUCGCUUGUAGCAAAUAUAUAUCCGAUGAUAGUGUAUCAGUAAGUGAUUAUAAAAAAUAUUUACAAAGUUAUUUAGACUCUAAUUCAAAUAUUGGAUUUAUUGAUUCUAUUUCUUCUUCUAAUACUGACUCUAAUUCUAAUAAUAUAGAUGAUAUAUCCUCUUCUCCUAGCAACAACGAAAACAAGAAGACUAAGAAUAAAAAUGAAAUAUCAACGGAUAAUUUGCUGGCUGACACAUUAUCCACUAUAGCAAAUGUGGAAAAAAUUACUAAAGCUCAGAAAUUCUUUGAUCAAAUCUUUCAGAAUAUUAUUGAUUUUUCGCCAAGUGGUCAAUGUUCCAGAAAAUAUAAAGAAGGUUGCAAAAUCAAAGAAGGUGUUAAUUCCAGACCUGAACAUUAUGAUCUUUUCCCUACUUUAUCCCACCAAAGUCUAAUCAACUGUUUAGAUUUGUCCGCCAAUGAAAUCAAGAAUUUAAGUGAAACACAUAAAAAAUAUGUAGAUUCACUUGGCGUCACUUUACCAAAUGAUAUCUAUAAAGGUAAUGGAAUAGUCACUGUUGGAGGUGGUCGUUUCUCAUUAAUGGCCUUCUUAAUCAUCAAAAAUCUAAGAGAUUUAGGUUCUAAAUUGCCUGUCGAAGUCUUUAUUCCACCAGGUGAAAAUAGAGAAUUGGAAUUUUGCAAUAACCUGUUACCCCAAUAUAAUGCUAAAUGUAUCUAUAUAGACAGAAUACUGUCUCCAAAGAUGACCCAGAAAUUCAAAUUUAAAGGGUAUCAGUUUAAGUCCUUGGCUAUGGUAGCCUCAAGUUUUGAGAAUCUUUUAUUAUUAGACGCCGAUAAUUUCCCUGUUAAGAAUUUAGAUCUAAUAUUUAAUAAGGAGCCAUUCAAAUCCAAUGGCUUGAUUCUAUGGCCAGAUUAUUGGAGAAGAAGCACAACACCUUACUUUUAUGAAAUUGCUGGGAUCCCCAUUGAUCUUAAUACUCGUGUUCGUAAUUCAUACGAUGAUUUGACUCCACCAGAAGUUUAUACUAAAGAUAUUAAUGAUUUGAAAGAUGUUCCAUUGCAUGAUUUAAAAGGUACCAUGCCAGAUUCAUCAACUGAAUCUGGUCAGUUAUUGAUCAACAAAAAGAAACAUCUCGGGACAAUGUUGUUAUCUCUUUAUUAUAAUGUUAACGGACCAACAUGGUAUUAUCCAAUUUUCACUCAAAAGGCUGCUGGUGAAGGCGAUAAAGAGACAUUCAUUGCUGCUGCCACAUUCUAUGAUUUACCAUAUUAUCAAGUCAAAUCAAAUACUGAUGUUGAUGGGUAUUUCGAUGAAUUGGGGUUCCAUGGUGUGGCUAUGCUACAAUAUGAUUUUAUUCAAGAUUUCAAAUUAUAUGAAUUGGCUAAGCAUGAUAUCUCAAUCAAAUAUGGAUUAAUAGGAAAUAGUAAUAAGAAACAAAAGCAAAAUAAGAUUAAUUAUGAUCCAAAUUAUACACUAGCGGAUUUCGAAAAAUAUUUCAAGACAAAGGAGAACCAUGAUAUUAUGUUUAUACACUCAAAUUUCCCUAAAUUUGAUCCAGUUCAGUUAUCUAAAGAAAAAAAAUUAAUGAAUGAAAAAGGCCAACAUUUUAGAGGUUAUAAUGGGUUAUCGAAAUUUGGACAGUAUGAUAUUGAAUUAUCAAAUUUCAAAAUAUUUAAUGAAUUCUUUUGUUCAAAGAAAAAAGUUCCAUAUUUCCCAUAUGUUUUUGAAGCUUUAAAGGAUUCACCCACUGGUUGGGAAGAUAUGUGUAAAUAUAUUACUGAUAGAUUGAAAUUUUUAAUUGACACUCAUGAAGAAGCUAUUAGCGAUGCGAAAGCCUGA